AUGUUUCUUUUUUGUUAUCUAUAUCUACUUACUCUUUAUCUCCCGUUGUCUUUCUCUUUUUUAAACUGCCUCUCUUUUAAUCUUUGUCUCUGUCUACCCCUCUCUCUCAUUCUGCAUCGCUAUCGCUACAUCUCUUUACCUCUCACUUUCUGUUUCUUUUAUUUUGCCUCUCCAUUGUUAUCCCCACUUAUUCUUUCAUUCUAUCACACUCUCCCCUAUCCUACCUCUCUUUCAACCCCCCUCUCUCACAAACACACACUUUCUAUAUAUCUAUCUAAUACGUUUUGCUUUGUUGUCAAUGUCUAUCUGCAUUACCCUCGUUUUGUAUUAUAUCAUGAUAUUCUAAACAUUCCCAUCCUCUCUGCCCCUCUCUCUUUUAUACAGCCUGUCUAUCGUUUCUUCUCAUUCCUCUCACUUUCUGCUUCUCUUAGCCUGCCUAUGCUACCCCUAGAUUUUGCACUCUCUCUCUCUCUCUCUCUCUCUCUCCCCUCUCUUAUCUCACUUCUCUGUCAUAACAUUUCUUCCUCUCACUCUCUGUUUCUUUUCCCUGUCCCUCUAUUGUUAACUCUACUCUAUCCUCUAUCUCUCUUUAGUUUUAUCUUUCUUUUAUCCUACCUCUCUUUCAACUACUCUCUCUCUCUCUCUCUUUCUCUCUCUCUCUCUCUCUCACACACACACACACACCUUCCCUACUCUAUCCGCUCUCUCUUUAGUUCUCUCUUUCAACCUCUCUUUCAACUACUCUCUCUCCCUUUGUAUCUCUCUCUCUCUAUCUCUCUCUCUCUCUCUAUCUAUCUCUCUCUCUUCAUUCGUACGUCCCUUCACGUUCGACAGGAAAAUGGAAAUGUCCAACUUCUUUUUAUCAAUUGA